AUGAGCCGUCUAGUAAACUGGUUGCCGACCGUGUCGGCAUUCAUCGCCUUCAUCCUGACCCUGAUAUGUCUCUUCGCGGGGACCCAAACGGAUAUACUCCCUGACACUUCCAUUUUGACUAUCUAUACAUCAAACAUCAGCGAAAGCACGGAGCUAGCCGGAUUCUACUCCGUCCAUGUCAUGUCAUACUGCGAGGGAGAGCUGCGGGUCAACCACAAGGAUUUCAACAACUGUUCCGAUCGGACGUUAUUCUUUUCCUUUGACCCCGAUGCCGCGAUUCGGGCCGACACGGGGAAUGUGACCUCCCCAGCAGAGCUUGGGUGGCCCAGCGCGAUCACCGACGACUUCUACGCUUUCCGAAUGACAUCGCGCAGUAUGGGAAUCUUCUAUUGUCUGGGCGCCGGGGUGGCCGCACUGGCGCUGUUUGAAAGAGCGUGGUGGGCGCUCAGACGCGGACCGCGACAGACGGUCACGGAAGUCUCGUCCAUGAUGCUGAGUUUCACGAUGCUUGGAAUCUCGUCCAUCAUUGCGACGGUGAUUGCAUUUCAGUUCGUCAAGCUUGUCAACUACCACGGCCAGGAGGCUGGAGUGACGGCGGAGUACGGGCCGCAGUUCCUAAGUCUUACUUGGGCAGCAACAGGACUGUAUCUGAUUGGGGGCACCACUGGGCUAGUGAUGGUGCUGAUCGACCGCAGUCGACCUCCACACGGGACGACCAGGGACGGGGACCAAGGAACACGGGAAUUAUCAACGGGAAUGUAA